AUGAGCGGCAGCGGCGGCCCCGCCGCCCCCGCCGCGUCCUCCGGCCCCGCCGCCCCGGCCGGCGCGGGGGGCGCGGGCUGCGGGGGCGGCGCGGGCGAGGGCCCCGAGGAGGCGGCCAAGGACCUGGCCGACAUCGCCGCCUUCUUCCGAUCCGGGUUUCGAAAAAACGAUGACAUGAAAGCAAUGGAUGUUUUGCCAAUUUUAAAGGAAAAAGUGGCCUACCUUUCAGGCGGCAGAGACAAGCGUGGAGGCCCCAUCCUUACGUUCCCAGCCCGCAGCAACCACGACAGAAUACGGCAGGAGGACCUCCGGAGGCUCAUUUCCUACCUCGCCUGUAUCCCCAGUGAGGAGGUGUGCAAGCGCGGCUUCACGGUCAUCGUGGACAUGCGCGGGUCCAAGUGGGACUCCAUCAAGCCCCUGCUGAAGAUCCUGCAGGAGUCCUUCCCCUGCUGCAUCCACGUGGCCCUCAUCAUCAAGCCCGACAACUUCUGGCAGAAACAGAGGACUAACUUCGGCAGUUCUAAAUUCGAAUUUGAGACAAAUAUGGUCUCUUUAGAAGGCCUUACCAAAGUAGUUGAUCCUUCUCAGCUCACCCCCGAGUUCGAUGGCUGUCUGGAAUACAACCACGAGGAGUGGAUCGAAAUCAGGGUGGCUUUUGAAGACUACAUCAGCAACGCCACCCACAUGCUGUCUCGGCUGGAGGAGCUGCAGGACAUCCUGGCCAAGAAGGAGCUGCCCCAGGACUUGGAGGGGGCCCGGAACAUGAUCGAAGAACAUUCCCAGCUGAAGAAGAAGGUGAUUAAGGCCCCCAUCGAGGACUUGGAUUUAGAGGGACAGAAGCUGCUGCAGAGAAUCCAGAGCAGCGACAGCUUCCCCAAAAAGAACUCGGGCUCGGGCAACGCGGACCUGCAGACCCUCCUGCCCAAGGUGUCCGCCAUGCUAGACCGGCUGCACUCGACGCGGCAGCACCUGCACCAGAUGUGGCACGUGAGGAAGCUCAAGCUGGACCAGUGCUUCCAGCUGCGGCUGUUUGAACAGGAUGCUGAGAAGAUGUUUGACUGGAUCACACACAACAAGGGCCUGUUUCUGAACAGCUACACCGAGAUCGGGACCAGCCACCCACACGCCAUGGAGCUGCAGACACAGCACAGCCAUUUCGCCAUGAACUGCAUGAACGUGUAUGUGAACAUCAACCGCAUCAUGUCGGUGGCCAGUCGCCUGGUGGAGUCCGGCCACUACGCCUCGCAGCAGAUCAAGCAGAUCGCCAACCAGCUGGAGCAGGAGUGGAAGGCCUUCGCCGCCGCCCUGGACGAGCGCAGCACCUUGCUGGACAUGUCAUCCAUUUUCCACCAGAAGGCCGAGAAGUAUAUGAGCAACGUGGACUCGUGGUGCAAGGCGUGCGGCGAGGUGGACCUGCCCUCAGAGCUGCAGGACCUGGAGGACGCCAUCCACCACCACCAGGGCAUAUACGAGCACAUCACCCUGGCCUACUCCGAGGUGAGCCAGGACGGGAAGUCGCUGCUCGACAAGCUGCAGCGGCCCUUGACCCCUGGCAGCUCCGACUCCCUGACGGCCUCUGCCAACUACUCCAAGGCCGUGCACCACGUCCUGGACGUGAUCCACGAGGUGCUGCACCACCAGCGGCAGCUGGAGAACAUCUGGCAGCACCGCAAGGUCCGGCUCCACCAGAGGCUGCAGCUGUGCGUCUUCCAGCAGGAUGUCCAGCAGGUGCUGGACUGGAUCGAGAACCACGGAGAGGCGUUCCUGAGCAAGCACACGGGCGUGGGGAAGUCUCUUCAUCGGGCCAGAGCUUUGCAGAAGCGCCAUGAAGAUUUCGAAGAAGUCGCGCAGAACACGUACACCAACGCAGAUAAACUGCUAGAAGCAGCGGAGCAGCUGGCUCAGACCGGGGAAUGUGACCCCGAAGAGAUUUAUCAGGCCGCCCAUCAGCUCGAAGACCGGAUCCAAGACUUCGUUCGGCGCGUCGAGCAACGGAAGAUCCUGCUGGACAUGUCGGUGUCCUUUCACACCCACGUGAAGGAGCUCUGGACGUGGCUGGAGGAGCUGCAGAAGGAGCUGCUGGACGACGUGUACGCCGAGUCGGUGGAGGCCGUGCAGGACCUCAUCAAGCGCUUCGGCCAGCAGCAGCAGACCACCCUGCAGGUGACCGUGAACGUGAUCAAGGAGGGCGAGGACCUCAUCCAGCAGCUGAGGGACUCGGCCAUCUCCAGCAACAAGACCCCACACAACAGCUCCAUCAGCCACAUCGAGACAGUGCUGCAGCAGCUGGACGAGGCGCAGGCGCAGAUGGAGGAGCUCUUCCAGGAGCGCAAGAUCAAGCUGGAUCUCUUCCUGCAGCUGCGCAUCUUCGAGAGGGACGCCAUCGAUAUCAUCUCGGACCUGGAGUCCUGGAACGACGAGCUCUCUCAGCAGAUGAACGACUUUGACACGGAGGAUCUCACCAUCGCUGAGCAGCGCCUGCAGCACCACGCGGACAAGGCCCUGACCAUGAACAACCUGACCUUCGACGUCAUCCACCAAGGGCAAGACCUGCUGCAAUAUGUCAACGAGGUGCAGGCCUCCGGUGUGGAGCUGCUCUGUGACAGGGACGUCGACAUGGCCACUCGGGUCCAGGACUUGCUGGAAUUUCUCCACGAGAAACAGCAGGAGCUGGACUUGACCGGGGAGCAGCAUCGGAAGCACCUGGAGCAGUGUGUGCAGCUGCGCCACCUGCAGGCCGAAGUGAAGCAGGUGCUGGGCUGGAUCCGCAACGGGGAGUCGAUGCUGAAUGCGGGGCUGAUCACGGCCAGCUCGCUGCAGGAGGCGGAGCAGCUGCAGCGGGAGCACGAGCAGUUCCAACACGCCAUCGAGAAGACCCACCAGAGCGCCCUGCAGGUGCAGCAGAAGGCGGAGGCCAUGCUGCAGGCCAGCCACUACGACAUGGACACUAUCCGGGACUGCGCCGAGAAGGUGGCCUCGCACUGGCAGCAGCUCAUGCUCAAGAUGGAGGACCGCCUGAAGCUGGUGAAUGCGUCCGUGGCCUUCUACAAGACCUCGGAGCAGGUCUGCAGCGUCCUGGAGAGCCUGGAGCAGGAGUACAAGCGGGAAGAGGACUGGUGUGGGGGGGCGGACAAACUGGGCCCCAAUUCCGAGACGGAUCACGUCACCCCCAUGAUCAGCAAGCACCUGGAACAGAAGGAGGCCUUCCUGAAGGCCUGCACGCUCGCGAGGAGAAACGCCGAUGUCUUCCUCAAGUACCUGCACAGGAACAGCGUGAACAUGCCGGGCAUGGUGACCCACAUCAAGGCCCCGGAGCAGCAAGUGAAAAACAUCUUGAACGAGCUCUUCCAGCGGGAGAACAGGGUGUUGCACUACUGGACCAUGCGGAAGCGACGGCUCGACCAGUGCCAGCAGUAUGUGGUCUUCGAGCGAAGCGCCAAGCAGGCCUUAGAGUGGAUCCAUGACAACGGGGAGUUCUACCUGUCCACGCACACCUCCACGGGGUCGAGCAUACAGCACACCCAGGAGCUCCUGAAAGAGCACGAGGAGUUCCAGAUCACCGCCAAGCAAACCAAAGAGAGGGUGAAGCUGUUGAUACAGCUGGCCGACGGCUUCUGUGACAAAGGGCAUGCCCAUGCGGCGGAGAUAAAAAAAUGUGUCACCGCCGUGGAUAAGAGGUACAGAGACUUCUCCCUGCGGAUGGAGAAGUACAGGACCUCUCUGGAGAAAGCCCUGGGGAUCUCCUCCGACUCCAACAAAUCGAGUAAAAGCCUCCAGCUCGACAUCAUCCCCGCCAGCAUCCCCGGGUCAGAGGUGAAGCUUCGGGACGCCGCUCACGAGCUCAAUGAAGAAAAGCGGAAAUCUGCCCGCAGGAAAGAGUUCAUAAUGGCCGAGCUCAUCCAGACGGAAAAGGCCUACGUCCGGGACCUGCGUGAGUGCAUGGACACCUACCUGUGGGAGAUGACCAGCGGCGUGGAGGAGAUUCCCCCCGGCAUUGUCAACAAGGAGCUCAUCAUCUUCGGGAAUAUGCAGGAGAUCUACGAGUUUCACAACAACAUAUUCCUGAAAGAGCUGGAGAAAUAUGAGCAGUUGCCGGAGGACGUUGGACACUGCUUUGUUACCUGGGCAGACAAGUUUCAGAUGUAUGUCACCUAUUGCAAAAACAAGCCCGAUUCCACCCAGCUGAUCCUGGAGCACGCGGGUUCCUACUUUGAUGAGAUCCAGCAGCGGCAUGGAUUAGCCAAUUCCAUCUCUUCCUACCUGAUUAAACCAGUUCAGCGAAUAACCAAGUAUCAGCUCCUUUUAAAAGAGCUGCUGACGUGCUGCGAGGAGGGCAAGGGUGAGAUCAAGGACGGCCUGGAGGUGAUGCUCAGCGUGCCCAAGCGGGCCAACGACGCCAUGCACCUCAGCAUGCUGGAAGGGUUUGAUGAAAAUAUCGAGUCUCAGGGAGAACUUAUCCUGCAGGAAUCCUUCCAAGUGUGGGACCCAAAAACCUUAAUUCGCAAGGGUCGAGAGCGGCACCUCUUCCUUUUUGAAAUGUCCUUAGUAUUUAGUAAAGAAGUGAAAGAUUCCAGUGGGAGAAGCAAAUACCUUUAUAAAAGCAAAUUGUUUACCUCAGAGCUGGGUGUCACAGAACACGUCGAGGGAGAUCCUUGCAAGUUUGCACUGUGGGUGGGGAGAACGCCAACUUCAGAUAACAAGAUCGUCCUGAAGGCGUCCAGCAUAGAAAACAAGCAGGACUGGAUCAAGCACAUCCGCGAGGUGAUCCAGGAGAGGACGGUGCACCUGAAGGGGGCCCUGAAGGAGCCCAUCCAUCUCCCCAAGACCGCUCCGGCCGCCAGGCAGAAGGGCAGGAGGGACGGAGAGGACCUGGACAGCCAAGGGGACGGCAGCAGCCAGCCGGACACUAUCUCCAUCGCCUCCCGCACCUCGCAGAACACGCUGGACAGUGACAAGCUCUCUGGCGGCUGUGAGCUGACUGUGGUCAUCCACGACUUCACGGCCUGCAACAGCACUGAGCUGACCAUCCGCCGCGGCCAGACAGUGGAGGUUCUGGAGCGGCCCCACGACCGGCCCGACUGGUGCCUAGUGCGGACCACAGACCGCUCCCCGGCGGCGGAGGGCCUGGUGCCCUGCGGCUCGCUGUGCAUCGCCCACUCCAGGAGCAGCAUGGAAAUGGAGGGCAUCUUCAACCACAAAGAUUCGCUGUCCAUCUCCAGCAAUGACGCCAGCCCGCCCGCCUCCGUGGCUUCCCUGCAGCCCCACAUGAUGGGGGCCCAGAGCUCACCGGGCCCCAAGCGGCCGGGCAACACCCUGCGCAAGUGGCUGACCAGCCCGGUGCGGCGGCUGAGCAGCGGCAAGGCGGACGGGCACGUGAAGAAGCUGGCCCACAAGCACAAGAAGAGCCGGGAGGUGCGCAAGAGUGCCGACGCCGGCUCGCAGAAGGACUCAGAUGACAGCGCAGCCACCCCACAGGACGAGACCGUGGAGGAGAGGGGCCGGAACGAGGGCCUGAGCAGCGGCACGCUGUCCAAGUCGUCGUCCUCGGGCAUGCAGAGCUGCGGGGAGGAAGAAGGAGAGGAGGGUGCCGACGCCGUGCCGCUCCCCCCGCCCAUGGCCAUCCAGCAGCACAGCCUGCUCCAGCCGGACUCGCAGGACGACAAGGCCUCUUCUCGGCUGUUAGUCCGUCCCACCAGCUCUGAAACACCCAGCGCAGCCGAACUUGUCAGUGCGAUCGAGGAACUGGUGAAAAGCAAGAUGGCGCUGGAGGACCGGCCCAGCUCACUCCUUGUGGACCAGGGAGACAGCAGCAGCCCCUCGUUCAACCCUUCCGACAACUCCCUGCUCUCCUCGUCCUCUCCCAUUGACGAGAUGGAAGAGAGGAAGUCCAGCUCCCUGAAGAGGCGGCACUACGUCUUGCAAGAGUUAGUGGAGACGGAGCGCGACUAUGUUCGCGACCUGGGCUGUGUGGUGGAGGGCUACAUGGCGCUCAUGAAGGAGGACGGCGUCCCCGACGACAUGAAAGGCAAAGACAAAAUCGUGUUUGGCAACAUCCAUCAGAUCUACGACUGGCACCGAGACUUUUUUUUAGGAGAGUUGGAGAAGUGCCUUGAAGAUCCGGAAAAACUAGGAUCCCUUUUUGUUAAACAUGAGAGAAGGCUGCACAUGUACAUAGUUUAUUGUCAAAAUAAACCAAAGUCCGAGCACAUUGUCUCUGAAUACAUUGAUACCUUUUUUGAGGACUUGAAGCAGCGCCUCGGCCACAGGUUGCAGCUCACAGAUCUGUUGAUCAAGCCCGUGCAGAGGAUCAUGAAGUACCAGCUGUUGCUAAAGGACUUCCUCAAGUACUCCAAAAAAGCCAGCCUGGAUACUUCGGAAUUGGAGAGAGCCGUGGAGGUCAUGUGCAUCGUGCCAAAGCGGUGCAACGACAUGAUGACCGUCGGGCGGCUGCAGGGAUUCGACGGUAAAAUCGUCGCCCAGGGCAAGCUGCUCCUGCAGGACACCUUCUUGGUCACAGACCACGACGCUGGCCUCCUCCCCCGCUGCAGGGAGAGGCGGGUCUUCCUCUUCGAGCAGAUUGUCAUUUUCAGCGAACCCCUUGAUAAGAAGAAAGGCUUCUCCAUGCCGGGAUUCCUGUUCAAGAACAGCAUCAAGGUGAGUUGCCUCUGCCUGGAGGAAAAUGUGGAAAACGAUCCCUGCAAAUUUGCUCUGACGUCGAGGACGGGUGACGUGGUGGAGACCUUCAUUUUGCAUUCGUCCAGUCCCAGUGUCCGGCAAGCGUGGAUCCACGAAAUCAACCAAAUUUUAGAAAACCAGCGCAAUUUCUUAAAUGCCCUGACGUCGCCCAUCGAGUACCAGCGGAACCACAGCGGGGGCGCCCCCGGCGGCGGCAACCACGGCGGCGGCCCCCCCGGCGGCGGCGGCGCCCCCAGCGCGGGCCGGAGCCGGCCGUCGCGGAUCCCGCAGCCCGUCCGGCACCACUCGCCGGUGCUGGUGUCCGCCGCCGCGCCGGGCCCGGCGGAGGCGGACAAGAUGUCAGGUACGUGCGCCCCGGGCCCUCCUCCGCCUCCCCCCAGCAGCGGCCCCGCGCCCGAGCCCGGCCGGGCGCCCCCCGCCGCCGCCGAGGGCGCCGAGCCCCCCAGGACGAAGGCCACGGAGCGCGCCCGCCAGCCCAGCCCCGACGGCGGCGCCCGCGAGGACCAGGACGGGCGCGCGCGCGGCCCGGGCGCGCCGGCCCCGGGGAGGCCGCGGCCCGGGCCGCCCCUGGACCCGCCGCCGGCCGCGCCCCGCGCCCAGGAGCCGCCGCCCCGCAGCCCGCCGCAGAAGGGGGGCGCCGUCCGGAGCCCCGCGCCCGCCUCCCCCGCCGGCCGGCCGGGCGCCUUCGCCUUCCCGGGCGACGGCGACGCCCCGCAGCGGCCGGCGCCCCGCGCCGCGGCCCCCGGCAAGGACACCGACCGCAUGAGCACGUGCUCGUCGGCCAGCGAGCAGUCCGUGCAGUCCACGCACAGCAACGGGAGUGAAAGCAGCAGCAGUAGCAACAUCUCCACCAUGCUGGUGACACACGAUUACACGGCAGUGAAGGAGGAUGAGAUCAACGUCUGCCAAGGAGAGGUCGUUCAAGUUCUGGCCAGCAACCAGCAGAACAUGUUUCUGGUGUUCCGCGCCGCCACCGACCAGUGCCCCGCCGCCGAGGGCUGGAUCCCGGGCUUCGUCCUGGGCCACACCAGCGCAGUCAUCAUCGACAACCCCGACGGGACUCUCAAGAAGUCAACAUCUUGGCACACAGCACUCCGUUUAAGGAAAAAAUCUGAGAAAAAAGAUAAGGACGGCAAACGGGAAGGCAAGUUGGAGAACGGUUACCGGAAAUCGCGAGAAGGACUCAGCAACAAGGUAUCUGUGAAGCUUCUCAAUCCCAGCUACAUUUAUGACGUUCCCCCAGAUUUCGUCAUUCCCUUGAGCGAGGUCACGUGUGAGACAGGGGAGACCGUUGUCUUCAGAUGUCGUGUUUGUGGCCGCCCCAAGGCCUCCGUCACCUGGAAGGGCCCUGAACACAACACCUUGAGCAACGACGGCCACUACAGCAUCUCCUACAGUGACUUAGGAGAGGCCGCCCUGAAGAUCGUCGGCGUGACCACCGAGGACGACGGCAUCUACACCUGCAUCGCCGUCAAUGACAUGGGUUCGGCCUCCUCGGCGGCCAGUCUGAGGGUUCUAGGUCCAGGGAGUGAUGGCAUCAUGGUGACCUGGAAAGACAACUUUGACUCCUUCUACAUCGAGGUGGCCGAGCUCGGCAGGGGCAGGUUCUCUGUCGUGAAGAAGUGUGACCAGAAGGGAACCAAGCGGGCAGUGGCCACCAAGUUCGUGAACAAGAAGCUGAUGAAGCGAGACCAGGUCACCCGCGAGCUCGGCACCCUGCAGGGCCUCCAGCACCCCCUGCUCGUCGGCCUCCUGGACACCUUCGAGACCCCCACCAGCUACGUCCUGGUUUUGGAAAUGGCUGACCAGGGGCGUCUCCUGGACUGCGUGGUGCGCUGGGGAAACCUCACCGAAGGGAAGAUCAGGGCUUAUCUGGGGGAGGUUCUGGAAGCCGUCCGAUACCUUCACAACUGCAGGAUAGCACACCUGGACCUAAAGCCCGAAAACAUCCUGGUGGACCAGAGCUCAGCCAAGCCCACCAUCAAGCUGGCCGACUUCGGAGAUGCUGUCCAACUCAACACCACCUACUACAUCCACCAGUUGCUGGGGAACCCCGAAUUCGCAGCCCCCGAAAUCAUCCUGGGGAACCCCGUCUCCCUGACCUCGGACACGUGGAGCGUGGGAGUGCUCACCUAUGUCCUUCUCAGCGGCGUGUCCCCGUUCCUGGACGACAGCGUGGAGGAGACGUGCCUCAACAUUUGCCGACUAGACUUCAGUUUCCCGGAUGACUACUUCCGAGGAGUGAGCCAGAAGGCCAAGGAUUUCGUGUGCUUCCUCCUCCGAGAGGACCCUGCCCAGCGCCCCUCGGCUGCGCUGGCCCUCCAGGAGCAGUGGCUGCAGGUGGGCCACGGCCACGGCAGAGGCGCGGGCGUCCUGGACACGUCCAGACUGACCUCGUUCAUUGAGCGGCGCAAACACCAGAACGACGUUCGACCCAUCCGUAGCGUGAAAAACUUCUUACAGAGCAGGCUUGUGCCUAGAGCCUGACCUUUCCUGCAGCUCUUUCUCAUUCUCUUUCACCUGCCAAGCGGCGGCGCCCUCGCUCUCCGAGAGACCCCCAUGCAGCGGCGGGGGCCGCGCCGUGCUUCGUGUGGAACCGCAUCGGGAACCGCAUCCGGGCGGCCCGGCCGCAGGGUGCCGGUGGAGGACCUUCUCUGACGCGCGCGUCUGUCUUCUAUUCAGGUUUCUGCAAAAAAAAAAAACAAACAAACAAACACAAACGUAAAUAAUAGCUAGAACAUAAAAAGAAACUUUUUUAAAUGAACACGAAUAGAAUUUUGCAAAUUUAGCAUUUUCCAGGAUUUCUUCAAGGAAACGAAACGCCUAUGUGCAACCACUGGUGUUACCGAACCACGCAGGGACCCCGGGGUCUCCUGGCGGCCUCGUCCAGAGCCGGGCUCGCCCGGCCUGCGUGCAUCCCGCCAGGUCACCCGCGAGGCUUCUCCAACGUGCAUCCAACCUCAGACUCGCAUCAAAAUAGAAUGAAUCGUUUUGCUCUGAUGAAAUGUAGGCCUUACUUGUAUAUAGGACUGGUCCUGCCUUCGGUCUCUGGUCUCCCCACCGCCCCCCGGAGCUCGCUGAGGGGGUGGGGGGCCAGAGGGUUGUGCCCUCUAUCCAGGACAGCAGGUGGGUCCUGCCCCGUGGCCCUCUCCCCCCGCGGCCCGCCGCCCCCCCAGCCGCCCAUCAGGUGGCUGCGAGGUGUGGUCAGAUGCAAUGACUGCAAGUGCACUCGUGGGGGGCGGUUUUCUUUCAUAUCAUGUGCAAUGUUGUGGCUUUAACAUUUUAUGCAACUAUUUAUGAAGACCUCUGUUGUACCUGUAAUAAAUAUAUAGAAAAAGCACAUACUUCGUACGGUGAGCUUUAUGGUUUUGUGCGUGGGGGUGGGGGGCGGGGGGGGUCGUAGCCCUGUGCCAUGGAUUCCAGGAGACUGAGCUCUUCGUGAACUUUGUCGGUUUUGAGGACUGUAAAAAGUGAUUUCAUACUCUGAAUAUAAAACUGGAUAAUAGGGUAAUGUUUUCAAAUUUAUUAUGCUAUUAUUCAGAAUGCCAAAGUAUUAUUUUUUUCCCCAAAAUCAGUCUGGACAUUUCCUACUUUUUAGACUUUUUGACGUUCAACUUUCUGUACAAAAAAAUUGGCUGGAUUUUGAGCUUUUUGGUAAGAAAUAAAAGCUAAUUAAGCACUAGCCACCUUGAGGCUGGCUCCAGAUGACCCGGGCACCGCGGCGGGUUUCACGCCAGGGCAGGGAAGGCCGUGCCGCUGGAGAUGGGUUUCUGGGCACGCUCGAAUUUUUUCUGGCUGUCUUUUUAUCUCUGCCUGUGAAACACACCGAGAGAGAACCGCCCGCUUCCCAGCCAGCCAGACACCUGGAUCUUGGGCCACAAACGGGUGUGGUUAAGCUUUGCAGCUUCCAGUGUAUUUUAUUUAUUCUUUUGUUGGGUUUUGUUUGUUUCUUGUAAAAUUGUACAGAAACUUUUUAAAAGAAAUUGGAUUCAAAACUGGAUGUGUAUUCGUAACCUCACAACUUCUGUUUGUGUAUCGUUUCUUUUAUUAUUUCAGUUAAAGUUUUACAUUAUUUUGCAUGUAUAUUUCUUUGUACAGAGACCUUCCAUGUUUACACCGUAUGAUGUGAUGUAAAUAUUUUAUUUUGCCAUCAGUUAUUUUAAAAAAAUAAACGUAUUUGCCUGA